AUGGCUACGGCGUCCUGGAAACUAACUUCUGCUGCUCUUCAGCAAUUUAUCUUGAGCCAUGUUACGUUAUGCCGCCUGAGGGUUUUACUGCGGAAAUUCAGACUUCCCAGAGAACAUGAAUAUUCAUUUCAGCAUGGACUUGUGGAGAGACAGAUCUUGGAGGUGCUCCACGGUUUGCACCACACCAAAGCCCACCGGACGGAAAAUGAUCCGUCUGCUGCUUCUCGGACCCCGAGCCAACCAGUCGUGGGCCAGGAGGCUGGAAGUGUCUGCCGGAAAGUGAUCCAAGCCCAGGAUGUGUGUCCUAUCUGUCAAGAAGAGCUGCUGGAGAAAAAACUGCCUGUGUCUUACUGCAGGUUCGGCUGUGGCAAUAACGUCCACAUCUCUUGCAUGAAAGUGUGGGCAGAUCACCAGAGACUCUCAGACAGGGAGGAAACAGUGAAGUGCCCUCUGUGCAGGGAGGACUUCAGCUCUUUGAAGUUACUCCAGGAGCAGGUGAAAAAUGCAGCAAAGCUCUUCACCGCCGCUGAAAGAGAGAAGGCAGACAGACACCUGGGAGUUUUCUGUCACAGCUGCCGGAUCUCCCAUGUCACUGGCAGAUGUUUCAAAUGCACAGUCUGCAGUUACUUCUAUCUAUGUGAGGACUGCUCAAAGAAGGGCUGCCACACACAACAUCCACUCGCUACACGAACAAAAAGGAGAGAGAAGUGGCACCUUGUGACAGAGAACCUGAGUGAUGAACCAAAGGGAGCGACCUCUCAGCCAGCGAGUGACAGCACCAUACCUGUAGCUGCAGACCCUCUACCAGAAAAUAUAUUGGCGUGUGUACCUGUGGUCAGGGUGAGACUGGGGUCUCGUCUCUUGGAUGAGGGACAACAGUGUCGAAUCUGUCUGCAGGAUUUUGUCCUGGGCCAGCGUGUCCGAACUCUGCCCUGCCAUCACAAGUUCCACACAGACUGUGUGGACGGGAUCCUGCAGAAGUCCAACUCCUGCCCCUUGGAUGGAUAUGUCAUUUAUAAUCCCUUGACUAGAAGAACCAGUGAAAGGAAGACCUCCCCUAAGUCGGCUUCCUGCCUUCUCAGUGACUUUGCCAAACGACCAGAAAUGAACUUUAAGGACCUGUUUAUUCCAGGAGUGGCACUGCGGGACAGGAACACUAAAGUCACUCCCUCACACGGUUCUCUGAACUUAGAGGUGCUGACAGGCUCUUCAGUAACUUCAAACACCCAGCAAAAGUUAAUAACUGGCAGGUUUCAAGGCUUGUGCAUAGGUACAGCAGACACUGUGACGAAGGAAGGAAAAAGAGAGUUGCAGAGAAAACAAACUUCUCAUAUUCCUGAAGGCAGCUCCACAUUUGAUCACCGAAGUAAAUCUGACUCCGGUGCACAUUCCUCAAAAAAUACAGCAAGAAAACACAGCCCUGCUUCACCUAACAGGUGUUCUGCAGUGGCAAAAAUCAGAGAGCAACCUCAGCUGGAACUUUUCGUAGGUUUAUUUAGACCAGAGCCCGAGCACACAGCUACAUUGGCCUCUCCUGCCAGGCGGUCUCGACUGCAACCCAAAAGGACAAGCAUGACAACCAUUAAAGAAACAAACAGACUCACUUCAGAGCUAAGAAUGACUGGAGUCUUAAUAAACACACAGCAUCAGAGGGAGACAGACACUUAAAUGUACUACAGUUAGUUUUUAAC